ACUAUAAAAGAUUGUUGGCCUCCACAAAAGUUUCAAUAGCUAGUUUUUUUUUUCAAGAUAUCAAGGUUUUUUCUAGAAAAUCAACUAACCAAAAUGAAGUGCAGUAUUAUUUUGGCUAUUUUCGCCUGUGUCCUGAGUGCAACUUUUGCAUCCAGUCACCAUAAGGUGGAAAAAGCUCAUUCCGAAGUUAUGUCAUAUGCUCAAAUGGGCAUGAGAAAUGUUCGAAUGAUGAGGGGCAACACCAUGCACUUGGAAUGCUUCAAUGGAUUUUUGCCACUAAUCAAUUCCCUUGCUACCAAAGCCAAGGAUGUAUCAAAUGCUUGUGUCUAUAAGUCUAAUUACGAAAAAGAUCAGGAAUUAUUGAACCUACAGAAUUCGCGUGCACAAGUUGCUGCUGAAGUUGAAAAAAUCAGCAAAUCCUUGUCGGAUUGUACCAAACUAGGCGGUUUGCAAUAUUUCAUUUGUCUCCAGGAUAAUGCUGAAACUAAUAGAAAACUAAUGCAACUGAUCAGUGAUCAAUCUAGAGAUCUCAUGUCUAAAUAUGCCGAUAAAUCUGACGAAAUUGAUAAUAGCGAACUAUCUUGCAUUAUGAAGGCAGUUGCAACAGCUAAGGCUGAAACUGAUCAAGCUUAUGUUGAUCUUAAGGAAUGCAUUAAGAAUGGACCAAUUAUUCAAACUCAGAUUGGUGAUGAUGAAUCUUCCACAAACGAAACUUUGUCUACCGGUACAACCGAUUCACCAAGUUCCUCCAGUACCGCUGGAUAUUAACCAUGAUGCGGUUAAAGCUUUUAAAAACAUUUUGUUUUAAAUAAAAAUGAGCAUAUAAAUAAA